AUGACCGACAGCACGAUCCCUCAGCCAGGACCAGCAAAGCUGAAGCGCAAUGCAGGGCCCGAUGAGUGGCUGGAGGCGGCCAAAGACUGCAAGUACCUCUCGGAAGCGCAUAUGAAACAGCUUUGCGAGAUUGUGAAGGAGUAUAUGAUGGAAGAGUCGAAUAUUCAGCCCGUAUCGACACCGGUUACCAUCUGUGGAGAUAUACACGGCCAAUUCUAUGAUCUUCUAGAACUUUUCCGAGUUUCCGGCGGAAUGCCAAACGAGUCUCAUGUCGAAGCACCAAAGUCCGUGAUUACGUCUGCCGAUAUCGAGCCUCCAACUAUCACGGACCCGAAACUGCUGAAGAAAUUAAAGAACCCGGGGGCAGAGGACGAAGGCGGCGAAGCAGCUUCGGAUGCAGGUCAGCGAGAGCGUUCGUCGAGUUCGGGGUCUGCCACCAUUGGCGUUAACCGCAAUUUCGUAUUUCUCGGCGAUUAUGUUGAUAGAGGGUACUUUAGUCUGGAGACAUUGACGCUGCUUUUAUGUUUAAAGGCCAAGUAUCCUGACCGAGUAACGCUCGUUCGGGGCAACCACGAGUCCCGGCAAAUCACACAGGUCUACGGUUUCUACGAGGAGUGCUUGCAAAAAUACGGAAAUGCUUCUGUAUGGAAGGCUUGCUGUCAGGUUUUCGAUUUCAUGACGCUCGGCGCUAUCAUCGAUGGACGAGUGUUGUGUGUCCACGGAGGACUGAGUCCAGAAAUUAGGACACUGGACCAAGUCCGGGUCGUCGCUAGAGCCCAAGAAAUUCCGCACGAAGGUGCUUUCUGUGAUCUGGUCUGGUCGGACCCGGAUGAUGUUGAGACGUGGGCAGUGAGCCCACGUGGAGCUGGCUGGCUUUUUGGCGACAAGGUGGCAGACGAGUUCUGCCAUGUAAACGACCUUACCCUGAUUGCUCGAGCCCACCAGCUCGUCAACGAGGGCUACAAGUAUCACUUUUCGAACCAGAACGUGGUGACCGUAUGGAGUGCGCCCAACUACUGCUACCGCUGCGGAAACCUGGCGUCUGUGUGUGAGAUUGACGAUGACUUGAAGCCGAAUUUCAAGCUCUUCAGCGCCGUCGCGGACGAUCAACGGCACGUUCCAACGACGCGCGGAGGGCGUAGCGAGUACUUCCUGUAA